CUGCUCUUUAUACAUUUCAGAACACUGAUUUUCAAGCUACAAGAACUCUGAACAUAAAACCACAAUGAAGGCCUGGUUCCUGCUGUUCGUGCUGCUGCCUCUCUGCUUGGCGGACUUUAAAAUCAAGUGCUAUGGGGAGGAUUUCCUGAUGGUGAGGAACCAGGUUCUGCAAUGCUCAAGCAAAGUGCCGCAGUCGUGCUACACCAGAUCUUCUGGAGAGAAGGGCUGUGCUAGACAAGAGUUCUGUCAGAGACCAGGAUGGAAAUGCUGCAACACAGACCUGUGCAAUGCCUAAUUCAACACCAGGGGGAGCUAGAGACUAACAGUCAGGAGUAUUUAAACUCUAAAAGAAAAGCAAUUCUUACUUCUUACUACUUACAUUUUCCAUCACUUUGUUCUGUUUCAUUUUUUUAAACUGUAAAAAUGUGAUAUAGCAAAAUAAACAAUUUUCCUACAACCA